UGCCUCCAGGCCAGCCCUGCCUCCAAGUUUUUAAGUGUUGAUAUUUUCUGUAAUUUGAAGAGUCCAGGUGAAAGUUAGAUUGGCUGUAUCAUUGUGGUUUCAGAUGAUCGAGCCUCCUCUGUACGCCGGGGCUGCAGUGUUCUCCACUCUUAGUUUGGAGUCUGUGCUGAACUGGAUUUAUUUGUUUUUGGUUUUCAUGGACUCAUGAAAUGGCCACAGAUGAUAAGACUUCCCCAACAUUGGACUCUGCUAAUGAUUUGCCUCGCUCUCCUGCUAGUCCUUCUCAUCUCACACACUUUAAACCUUUGACUCCCGAUCAGGACGAACCUGCUUUUAAGUCAGCAUAUAGUUCUUUUGUAAAUCUCUUUCGAUUUAACAAAGACAGAGCAGAGGGAGAGCAGCAGUCUCUGACUGGAGGUUGGCCCAGCCCUCAGCUGCCUUCAAGGACACAGUCUGUGAGGUCACCUAUACCCUAUAAAAAGCAGCUUACUGAGGAGCUCCAGCGGCGGCCUUCAGCAGUGCUGGCAGAGAACAGUUUGCAGCACCCCCAGGAGAACACAGACACAAGAAGGAAAACAGAACCUACCUUUGGCGGUCAUGACCCUCGUACAGCUGUUCAGCUUCGAAGCCUCAGCACAGUGUUAAAACGCCUCAAGGAAAUCAUGGAGGGGAAAAGCCAGGACAGUGACCUGAAGCAGUACUGGAUGCCGGACAGCCAGUGCAGAGAGUGCUACGACUGCAGCGAGAAGUUCACCACCUUCCGGCGCAGGCACCACUGCCGGCUCUGCGGGCAGAUUUUCUGCAGCCGCUGCUGCAAUCAAGAGAUCCCUGGGAAGUUUAUGGGCUAUACAGGGGACCUCCGAGCUUGCACAUACUGUAGAAAAAUAGCCUUAAGUUAUGCUCAUUCCACAGACAGUAAUUCCAUUGGGGAAGACUUGAAUGCUCUUUCAGAUUCUGCUUCCUCUGUGUCUGUACUUGAUCCGAGUGAACCCCGAACACCUGUUGGGAGUAGGAAAGCCAGCCGGAACAUCUUUUUAGAGGAUGAUUUUGCCUGGCAAAGUUUGAUUCAUCCAGACUCCUCAAAUACUGCUCUUUCAACAAGACUUGUAUCUGUUCAAGAGGACGCUGGGAAAUCUCCUGCUCGAAAUAGAAUGGACUUGGCAGUGCCUGCUCCAUUGGAUGCUGUGUGGAUUAAAUCAUACAUACAUGGCCCUACUGGGUCAGCCAGCAUUACCAACCUCUCACUGGAUCGAUCUGGUUCUCCCCUGGUACCUUCAUAUGAGACAUCUGUCAGUCCCCAGGCCAACCGAACAUACGUGAGGACAGAGACCACAGAGGAUGAACGCAAAAUUCUUCUGGACAGCGUCCAGUUAAAAGACCUGUGGAAGAAAAUCUGCCAUCACAGUAGUGGAAUGGAGUUUCAGGAUCACCGCUACUGGCUGAGGACACAUCCCAACUGCAUCGUAGGGAAGGAGUUAGUCAACUGGCUAAUCCGAAAUGGGCACAUUGCCACAAGGGCACAAGCUGUAGCAAUUGGACAAGCGAUGGUGGACGGACGGUGGCUGGACUGCGUGAGCCACCAUGACCAGCUCUUCAGGGAUGAGUAUGCGCUCUACAGACCCCUGCAGAGUACAGACUUUUCUGAGACCCCUUCUCCGGACAGUGACUCCGUGAACUCUGUGGAAGGACACUCGGAGCCAUCAUGGUUUAAAGACAUAAAGUUUGAUGACAGCGACACAGAGCAGAUUGCUGAAGAAGGUGACGAUAAUUUGACUAACUCUGCCAGUCCUAGCAAGCGCACGUCAGUCAGCAGUUUCCAGUCCACAGUGGACAGUGACUCAGCCGCCUCCAUCAGCCUGAACGUGGAGUUGGACAACGUGAACUUCCACAUCAAGAAGCCCUCCAAGUACCCACACGUGCCCCCUCACCCUGCUGACCAAAAAGAGUAUUUGAUUUCUGACAACGGAGGACAACAACUCUCAAUAAGUGACGCCUUCAUCAAAGAAUCCUUAUUUAAUCGUCGAGUUGAGGAGAAAUCCAAAGAACUGCCCUUUACGCCUUUGGGCUGGCAUCAUAACAAUCUGGAGCUGCUGCGGGAGGAGAAUGGAGAGAAGCAGGCCAUGGAGAGGUUGCUUUCAGCUAAUCAUAACCACAUGAUGGCACUGCUCCAACAGUUGCUCCAUAGUGAGUCAUUGUCACCAUCUUGGAGGGACAUCAUUGUAUCCCUGGUCUGCCAGGUUGUUCAGACAGUCCGACCUGACGUCAAGAACCGGGAUGACGACAUGGAUAUCCGUCAGUUUGUCCACGUCAAAAAAAUCCCAGGUGGAAAGAAGUUUGAUUCUAUGGUUGUCAAUGGGUUCGUUUGUACCAAGAAUAUUGCACAUAAAAAGAUGAAUUCUUGUAUUAAAAACCCCAAAAUUCUUCUGUUGAAGUGUUCCAUUGAGUAUCUCUACAGAGAAGAAACUAAAUUUACUUGCAUUGACCCUAUCGUGCUUCAGGAAAGGGAAUUCUUGAAGAAUUAUGUUCAGCGAAUAGUGGAUGUUCGACCCACAUUGGUUCUAGUUGAGAAAACGGUGUCUCGGAUUGCCCAGGACCUGUUGCUGGAACACGGCAUCACUUUGGUCAUUAAUGUCAAAUCACAAGUUUUAGAACGAAUCAGUCGGAUGACCCAAGGUGAUUUAGUGAUGUCGAUGGACCAGUUGCUCACAAAGCCCCACCUGGGCACCUGUCACAAAUUUUACAUGCAGAUGUUUCAGCUACCUGGUGAACAAACCAAAACUCUGAUGUUUUUUGAAGGCUGUCCACAGCACCUGGGCUGUACAAUCAAGCUUAGAGGAGGCUCCGAUUAUGAGCUGGCUCGAGUUAAGGAGAUCCUCAUAUUUAUGAUCUGUGUAGCAUAUCAUUCUCAACUAGAAAUCUCCUUCCUCAUGGAUGAAUUUGCCAUGCCUCCUACAUUAACGCAAAACCCUUCCUUCCACUCUCUGAUUGAGGAACAGGAGGAUGACGAGGCUGCUCAAGAACAGCUCAGCGGAAGUCCCCUCCCCCGGGAACCUGACUUCCCUCUGGAGUGUCUGGCCCCUGAUGAGAGCAGUUCACUGGAAUCAAGGACUGUGUUUGGGAAGAGUGACCAGGAACUUAAAGGUGCUCCAAAGGAUGCUGUCUCGUUGAAGCAGCAGGAGUUCGCCACAGCAGCCUGCCCGGCCGGCGUCCCCUAUGCUCUCUUUGCAUUGGUCCCAGAAUCCUUGUUGCCACUGCAUCUGGGUGACCAACAGGAUGCCAGGGGCAGCGAGCAGCCAGAGACUGUGCAGCAAACGGGUGAGCUACAGGAUCCCAAAAGCCAGAUGAGAGCCUUUAGAGACCCUCUGCAGGAUGACACUGGAUUGUAUGUCACUGAGGAAGUCACCUCUUCUGAGGAUAAGCGGAAGACUUACUCUUUGGCCUUUAAACAGGAAUUAAAAGACGUAAUUCUCUGUAUCUCCCCAGUGAUCACAUUCCGAGAGCCUUUCCUUUUAACCGAGAAGGGGAUGCGAUGCUCUCCCCGAGACUAUUUCGCAGAGCAGCUUUACUGGUCUCCUCUCCUCAAUAAAGACUUCAAAGAAAUGGAGAGCAGGCGGAAGAAGCAGCUGCUCAGGGAUCUCUCCAGCCUCCAGGGCCUGAACGGAAGUGUGCAGGCCAAGUCUAUCCAAGUGCUGCCCUCACACGAGCUGGUGAGCGCUAGGAUUGCUGAGCAUCUGGGUGACAGCCAGGGCCUGGGCCGGAUGCUGGCUGACUACCGGGCCAGAGGAGGGAGAAUUCAGCAGAAUACUUCAGACCCUUUUGCUCAUUCAAAGGAUGCAUCAGGUCCUUCAAGUGGCAAGUCAGGAAGCAGAACUGAGGGCGAUGAAGAGAAAGGGCUGAUUCCGAGUGACGCGGUAUGGUCAACAAAGGUGGACUGUCUGAACCCUGCCAACCACCAGAGGCUGUGCGUGCUCUUCAGCAGCUCUUCUGCCCAGUCCAGCAACGCGCCCAGCGCCUGCGUCAGUCCUUGGAUUGUAACAAUGGAAUUUUAUGGAAAGAAUGAUCUUACACUGGGAAUAUUUUUAGAGAGAUACUGUUUCAGGCCUUCUUACCAGUGUCCUAGCAUGUUCUGUGAUACCCCCAUGGUACAUCACAUUCGGCGCUUUGUCCAUGGCCAAGGCUGUGUGCAGAUAAUCCUGAAGGAGCUGGAUUCUCCAGUACCUGGAUAUCAGCAUACAAUUCUCACCUAUUCCUGGUGCAGAAUCUGCAAACAGGUAACACCAGUUGUUGCUCUUUCCAAUGAGUCCUGGUCCAUGUCAUUUGCCAAAUACCUUGAACUUCGGUUUUAUGGGCACCAGUACACCCGUAGAGCCAAUGCUGAGCCGUGUGGCCACUCCAUCCACCAUGAUUAUCACCAGUACUUCUCCUAUAACCAGAUGGUGGCAUCUUUUAGUUAUUCUCCCAUUCGGCUUCUUGAAGUAUGUGUUCCACUCCCCAAAAUAUUCAUUAAACGUCAGGCCCCAUUAAAAGUGUCCCUUCUUCAAGAUCUGAAGGACUUCUUUCAAAAAGUUUCACAAGUAUAUCUUGCUGUUGAUGAAAGACUUGCAUCUUUGAAAACUGAUACAUUUAGCAAAACAAGAGAGGAAAAAAUGGAAGAUAUCUUUGCACAAAAAGAGAUGGAGGAAGGCGAGUUCAAGAACUGGAUUGAGAAAAUGCAAGCGAGGCUCCUGUCUUCCUCGGUAGACACCCCUCAGCAGCUGCAGUCGGUCCUGGAGUCGCUCAUCGCCAAGAAGCAGAGCCUCUGUGAAGUGCUGCAGGCCUGGAAUAACAGGUUGCAGGACCUUUUCCAGCAGGAAAAGGGUAGAAAGCGGCCUUCAGUUCCUCCAAGUCCUGGAAGACUGAGACAAGGGGAAGAAAGCAAGAUAAGUGCAAUGGAUGCAUCUCCACGGAAUAUUUCUCCAGGACUUCAAAAUGGAGAAAAAGAGGACCGCUUCUUGACAACCCUCUCUAGUCAGGGCCCCACCUCUGCUGCUCAUCUCCAGCUGCCCAGUCCCCCUGAAGUCCUGCCUGAGCAGGCAGGGGGGGCGACCCCCGAGCCGGAUGCAGCCAGCAGUUCUGAAGAUGUGUUUGAUGGACAUUCUCUGGGAUCCACAGACAGCCAGGUGAAGGAAAAAUCAACCAUGAAGGCCAUCUUUGCAAAUUUGCUUCCAGGAAAUAGCUAUAACCCUAUUCCGUUUCCUUUUGAUCCAGAUAAACACUACUUAAUGUACGAACACGAACGGGUGCCCAUUGCCGUCUGUGAGAGGGAGCCCAGCUCCAUCAUUGCUUUUGCUCUCAGUUGUAAAGAAUACCGAAAUGCCUUAGAGGAAUUGUCCAAGGCAACUCUGCGGAACAGUGCCGAAGAAGGGCUCCCAGCCAACAGUGCUUCAGACAGCAGACCAAAGGGCGGCAGCCCUGGGAGGCCGCCUGAGCUCGGUGGAGGCUGCCCCAACCGGGCGGCCGAGGCAGAGCCGCAGCCAGCCAAAAAGGCUUCUGGGAUGUUGUCCUUCUUCCGAGGGACAGCAGGGAAAAGCCCUGAUCUCUCUUCCCAGAAGAGAGAGACCUUACGUGGAGCAGAUAGUGCUUACUACCAGGUCGGGCAGCCCGGCAAGGAGGGGACGGAGAGUCAAGGCACUGAGCCUCCAGAUGAGAUAGAUGGAGGAGACGCACAAAAGAAACAGCUCACAAAUCCUCAUGUGGAACUUCAAUUUUCUGACGCUAACGCCAAGUUUUACUGCCGGCUCUACUAUGCGGGAGAGUUUCACAAGAUGCGCGAGGUGAUCCUGGGCAGCAGCGAGGAGGACUUCAUCCGCUCCCUUUCCCACUCGGCACCCUGGCAGGCACGCGGGGGCAAGUCCGGAGCGGCCUUCUACGCCACGGAAGAUGAUAGAUUCAUUUUGAAGCAGAUGCCUCGUCUGGAAGUCCAGUCUUUCCUCGACUUUGCACCACACUACUUCAAUUAUAUCACAAACGCUGUGCAACAAAAGAGGCCUACUGCACUGGCCAAAAUUCUUGGAGUUUACAGAAUUGGUUAUAAGAAUUCUCAGAACAACACUGAGAAGAAGUUAGAUCUCCUUGUCAUGGAAAAUCUUUUCUAUGGGAGAAAGAUGGCACAGGUUUUUGACUUGAAGGGUUCACUUAGGAACAGAAAUGUAAAAACUGACACCGGGAAAGAGAGCUGUGACGUGGUCCUGCUGGACGAGAAUCUGCUGAAGAUGGUCCGGGACAGCCCUCUGUACAUCCGCUCGCACUCCAAGGCGGUGCUGCGGGCCUCCAUCCGCAGCGAUGCCCACUUCCUGUCCAGCCACCUCAUCAUCGACUAUUCUUUGCUGGUGGGGCGAGAUGAUACCAGCAAUGAGCUUGUCGUUGGGAUUAUAGAUUAUAUUCGAACGUUUACAUGGGACAAAAAGCUUGAGAUGGUUGUGAAAUCAACAGGAAUUUUAGGAGGACAAGGUAAAAUGCCAACUGUGGUCUCUCCAGAGUUGUACAGGACCCGAUUUUGUGAAGCGAUGGACAAGUAUUUCCUCAUGGUACCAGACCACUGGACAGGCUUGGGUCUCAACUGCUGAAAUGAAGCACAUGUUUUGAAAUGGACUGUGAAGGGAAGGGGCUGGAACAAAGGGCCAGAAACAAGCCACUGUUUUAUUUCUUCAUCCCAUUCCCGCUGUCUACCCAGGUCUUUCAGUUCUCAGCACGUGGGCUGUCUGUCACCAAAGGGUUAAAACUCCACAGGUUUGCACUUUGGAUUUUGAUACCUACAGAUUAGCUCUCCAUAGGCUGGGAAGUUGCAUGGACACUUUCACUUAAGCUGAAAUAGGUUUCAAAGGGCUAAGGGCAAAUGUAUGGUUAGAGAUGAGGAAAUAGAGUGAAAAAUGCAAUAUCUAUUUGCUAACAAUCCUGUUAAGGAAACUGUCUCAUAGAUUGUGACUCUCCUGGCAUCACGUUUGACACUGUCUUUGCGUAGAAAGCAUUUGUAGAGCUGCUGGAUUCGUUUUGUGUUUCUUAUGUGACAAUUUGAUAUUGCCUCUUAUCAGAAUUUCUGAAACCUUUAAAAGAUCCUGAGUUACUCUGCUAAUGGCCAGUUAAACAGAUUAAUACAAUCUGCUCUUGUUUUAUUGAGGAAUUUGACUUAAAUUGGGGAUCCUUUCACAUUCUGUGUCCUGCCCUGUUUUCGAAUAUGUUUGAUGUUUCUUGGGCUCUGUCCUUACUUGUCUGUGGGUGACAGGAGGCUACAGCUAUUAACUUGAAGCCUUUUUCAGGAGCUGUUUUUUAAGCUUGUGUACAACUUUUGUGCAGUUCAUAUGUUGAACUGUACUUAGCCGCAUAAACUCGUAUUCUGGGUUUCCCCCACUUUCAGGGGAACUUUAGUAAAUGAAUCAACAAUGACUAAAUCCCCAAAGGGAGAAUUAUGAAUGACAGAUUUCUUAUUUUAAUGUAAAAAAUAAAUUAGAUCCAAGAAACUGAUCCAAGAAAUUGAGUGAGAGGGAAGGAUUUGCUUGUUUUUUGUGGAGUUAAAGUAUCUUUUAAAAAUAUAACCAGCAAUUUAAGUGGCAUCUAUACAAUUAAGAAGUUUUUAACAUGGACAUCCCUGUUUCCUAAUGUUCUGCACCAGUUUCUAGGCCCGUUCUGACUAUCAAGAAAUGUUGAGAUAAAAUAUUCUUAGUAAGGAACUUCUUUAAUUGAGUUUUCCUUUGUAUAAAAAGGGAUCAGAAGUACUAAACCGUCUUCGAGGCGAUUCUCUAAGCCUGGAUGUCUGCUCUUGGCUUCCUUCCAUAACAGGGAUAAUUCAGUAUUUAUCAAGUUUGAGGGGUUCCACUCCUUUUAGGAUUCCUAUGAUAGCACAUUUCUAUUGUAACUUUCACAUAAUAAGAAAAAGAAGUCUGGGUACAUUCCAUUUACAGAGACUGUAAGUACAUGGAGUAGGAACCUUUUGUAAAGUUUACCUUAGAGAAUGAAAGCAUUAGUUUGGUGCUUAUUAGAAACAUGGUUUGUUUUGAACUAGAAACAAGUUGACCAAGGACUUAGGACUGAUCUGAUGAUAAGCACUUUAUAAAAACAAAACGCCGUGUGCCUUCUGAAAACACACGAAACACUGAUGAUUUUAGUUUUGAUAUCAAAGACUAGUAAAGGAGUUGUGCAGGAGUGACAGAGAUGCGGAACGUCGUCAGCUUCUUACGUUCCAGGAACAGGGGACCUUGCGUCUCGUUUUGAAGCAAACGCUGUCCUGUCUCUGCGGGAGUCUUAGGUAGAGCAUCCUGCCCACGUCCUGCCCUCUGUGUGCUCUUGUGGGAGUGUCCCCUGCGGGAGCCACUGGUCUCUGUGGCUUAGUCUCAGUACGGCAUGUAGCUCGAAUGCUCCGCUGGGACAGCUCUGGCAAUGGUGUGUCAUGUUGGUUUUGUUUUCCUUGCCCAGAAGAACUAUUUUAUAAAGUACUGCUGCCUCUUAGGUAAUUUCGUGGCUAAGAAAAAAUUCCAGCAUAAUAUAGUCUGAAGCGGGAGUUGCUGCCUUGCGAGGGUCUGUCCUUUUAGAACUUCUUAGGAAGGGGAAAUGCGAACUUCAUUGUGUUGUCAGUGGUGGAGCUGUACCCAGCCCUGCUGCGUGGGGGCACCCUCCACGUGUUUGUGGGGUGUUCUGAGAGGUGGAGCUGGAACAGCCUGCUGCAAGGGGUCGCCCUCCACGUGUGUCGGGGGUGUUUCAAACGCCAUGCUGCUUGGGGGCCCCGAAGGGCUGUUCUCUGCCCUCAAUUCCUUCCGAGGCCUGGAGAGCAUUUGUGCUGAAAGUUAAGAGUGAGGAAGAAAUCCUAGUACUUUCUUCCUUAGAAUAAAUGAUGAAUCCUGAGAAUAAUUGCCAGUAGCACCAGAAAGCUAUGUGAACAUGUUGCAUUGAUAAAAAUCUUAUUUAUAAUGUGAAGCUUUUUGAUACCAUCAAAACUUUAUUAAAAAAUAAAAAGGAUUGACUGUUUUCUUACCCAAGCCUAAGAAAAAUAAGGGGAGUAAGCUGUUACAAACCCCUUUGUAGUCUAUUGAACAUUUAAGAUUUAUAGAUAGUCAAAAUUUCCUACAAAAUGUCCUACUCUAAUUUUUCCUUGAUCAGCAGUGGGUGGUUUUCUGGCUUUGGCCUUUCCUGGGUCUUGUAAAUAGUAGGUUGUGUUGGUUUCUGUGGCCUCGGCUUCUCCUUGGUUUUUGAUCCGCUAGCACUGGGCAGGUAUGACAAGGAAGGUCCUCUCCCUGUGGGAGGGUUGCUUGCCAGCGGGUGCAGACCAUUGUGAAUGAGCCUGAUGGUGAGCGGUCAGGCCUUGCUCUCUCCGCCGAGUGUUAACAUGCUGACUUAGGCAGUAUUCAAACCCUCUAGUGCAAUGCCUCUGGUUUGUUUUUGUAACAUGGGUGCAGUGUGUUAUAGAAAAAUAAAAAUUACAGUCAUGAGCAUUUUAUUAAUGCUGCUGUGCUGGUUUUGUAAAAAAUGUAUAUUGUCUUUCAACUAGAGAAAUACUGUAAAUCAUAAUAGCGUCUUAAUUUAAUAUGAAAAAUUCAAUUAACAGUAUUGAAAAUACUUAAUGUGUUAUAUUGUGUAUAUUUCUCUCCUUUGGUUCCAGCUGUUUUAUAUGGUUGACCUGUUAUUUAAGAGAGAAAACUGCCCUGACCUUUUGGAGACUUAUGCUGUAAAUAAAGACUUACAAUAAACCGAGGAUCCACUUCA